AUGAGUGGCUACAUGCGAGAGAUAAAAGGGGUGUUUGAGCCAAUGCAACCAAACAGGCACUUCGAAGACCCAUCCUCAUCUAUCAAAGAAGUGGACAAAAUAGGACUUGCUGGCCUAACGGGAACACAAAAUAUUUCGGACUAUGUGAAGGAUGAUGAUAGGCCGAAUGUAUGUUUUGACUAA